CAGCUCGGCACGGCUCCGCAGCCGGCGGGACGCGGCGGCGGCGGCGGCGGCGGCGGCGGCGGCGCUCGCGCUCCUUUGUGCUCGGUCGGCGGCCUCUCGGGUCCUCUCCGCGCGUCCUCUCGGCAGGCUAUCCCUAGCUCUCCGGUGACGGGCCAUGUCGACGGCAGGAACGGGCGCAGGCGUGGAGGCGGGCUUCUCCAGCGAGGAGCUGCUGUCGCUCCGCUUCCCGCUGCACCGCGCCUGCCGCGACGGGGACCUGGCCGCGCUCUGCUCGCUGUUGCAGCAGACGCCGCGCGCCCACCUGGCCGCCGAAGACUCCUUCUACGGCUGGACGCCGGUGCACUGGGCCGCGCACUUCGGCAAGCUGGAGUGCCUAAUCCAGUUGGUGAGAGCUGGGGCCACUUUGGACGUCUCCACUACACGCUAUGCACAGACCCCGGCCCACAUCGCGGCAUUUGGGGGACACCCCCAGUGUCUCAUCUGGUUGAUUCAAGCAGGAGCCAGCAUUAACAAACCGGACUGUGAGGGCGAGACCCCCAUUCACAAGGCGGCUCGCUCUGGGAGCCUGGACUGCGUCAGUGCCCUGGUGGCCAAUGGGGCUCACAUCGACCUGAGAAAUGCCAGUGGCCUGACGGCAGCAGACAUUGCUCAAACCCAGGGUUUCCAAGAGUGCACCCAGUUUCUCUUGAACCUGCAGAAUUGUCACCUGAGCCGUUUCUAUGAUAAUGGCACCAUAAAUGGGGGCCAUCAGAAUAUAUUCCCUAAUCACACUAGUGUUGGCGCAAAUCGCAAGAGAUGCUUGGAAGAUCCAGAGCCCUUUGGAGUAAAGAAGGCUAGAACUGAAGCUCAGAGUCUGGGUCCCUGCAUGCCGCUGGGGAACAGCGAUGUGGAAGAUGAAGCUGACAAAAUGCUGGUCGACAGAGAGUUUGCUGCUGUCACAGAUAUGAAAAACAGUAGCUCCAUGUCGGAUACACUGACAAAUGGAUGUGUCAUCAGUGGACAUUUGGACUUCCCCUCUGCGACACAGCUCAAUGCAACGGAGAGCCCGAAUGACCAGUGCUUAUCAGAAUCUAAUGGAAUUAGCAAUGGAUUAGUUCCAGGACGGCCUUUUCCAAGUAGCCAGGGUUCUGUUUGUGUUAACGGUACCGAGGAACCAGAAAAGACCAUGAGUGCUAACGCCGAGAUGUGCGGCUCUCUGCACCUGAAUGGGAGCCCCAGUAGCUGCGUAGCUAGUAGACCUUCCUGGGUGGAGGACAUUGAGGAGAAUCUGCACUACGGGCAUUACCAUGGGUUUGGGGACACUGCUGAAAGCAUCCCUGAGCUUCAUAGUGUGGUGGAGCAGCCCAGCUCCGUCAAAGGCAUAGAGAGACAUGGCAGUGCCAUCCUGGGGGCCAUGCACCUCUACCAUGGCUCGUAGAGAUGGAUGGCCUGGCUGGGUCUGGACACACUCCUCCCUCCUGUAGCCAACUCAGAAUACUCAUGUAGCAUCAAUUUGAGGGAAUGCCACAACUUGUACUACUUUUUUUAUACUUAAGCUUUCUGGAAAAGUAAGCUUUUAUUUGAAAAGUUCCUUGAGAGUCCUGUGGUAUGCACAAGUAGGGCUGUUCCUGCACAGGUGUUUCUUCUAUGAGAUGGCGAGCCUCUUUCCAAAUUCUUUUGGCUGCCAGCUUCAGUGUUCUCUUUAGAAUACCAUCACCACAAAAUGUCGUUUCUCCUUUUGUCAAGUAGAAUUGCAUCAGAUAAAGAUAAAUUAGAGGCAGUAAGCGAGGUGCCUGCAGAUUCAACUCCUUGCACGUAGUCAUUUUGAAAAGCUUGCUUUUACUUUGUCCUGUAGGCUUUAUGACAGAAGACAGCUAUCUCCCUAUGCAAAGUAUAGCCUUACAAAGAUUUCUUGACAAAAAGAACAUUUGUCUUUUUCAAAAUCUUUUCAUUGACACUUUGCAACUUGCUGUGCAGUGAAGUCUUAUCUCCCGGCCCACAUGAUGGUGUGGGGGUACAAGUGGCCCCUGGAAUGAUGUAGCUCCCCGCCCUGGGUUUCAUUGAAAACAUAUGCCACCUGGGACUGACUUCCAGCUUGUCGUGAUUUUAUUCCACAUUUCUUGCUUUGUCUCUACGGUUUUUACCACAGAUAAUGGUUUCCCUUAUAUGUAGUGGAAAUUACUACUUGUAGGAACUAUUGGGUCAGAAUAUUUAACUGACUAUUUUGACUUAUAUUUUCUUCUUUUCCUUGUUUUUGUUUUUUGGGGUUUUCUGCUUUAAAAUGUAUACCACUAUGUAUAUCCAGUCCACUGAGAGAAUUUUGGAUCUCUCUUAAUAAAACUGCACUAAGUUUAUGAUUUUAUAGAAAUUAGCUUUUGUUUAGGCAACUAGUGGUUACACUGUGCAAAUAUUGUAAUGAAUUUUUACUUUUCUGAUUUUUGUAAUAAAAAUUGGUGAAGAUAGAGAAAAUGUCAAAUGAACAAGCCAAUGUUCUGAGUGCUACUAACAUGUGUUUUUAAACUGUACUUUACAAAUUGAAUUAAAAAAGUCUCACACUCGA